AUGGCGGGUCAACCGACCUCCCCGGCCUCCACCCCCCCCCCGCCCCACACUAUCGAGGCGGCCGCCGCUGACGUCAUCCGCACCCUGCGCGCGCGGCUGGGGGGCGCGCCGCAUGUGCUGGUCGGCCUUAGUCUCGGAGGGAAGGUUGUUUUGGACGUGCUGAAGCAGCUGCACGAGGAGCAGCUGCGCCACAUCGCAGUGCUGGAGGCCGAGAGCGAGGUCUCGCAGAAGGCGAAGGGGCAGCAGCAGCAGCAGCAGCAGCAGGAGCAGGCAUUGGGUGGGACAGGCCAGCCGAGCCGCGCGCUGCCGCUGCAGUGCUGGGUGCUCGACAGCCAACCAGGCACAGUGACGGCCGAGGAGGACGGCCCGACGUCGGUCGGCCGAAUCUUAUCGUUCAUCGCGCAGCAGCCGAUGCCGGUCGCGAGCCGCCAGUCCCUCGUCUCUGCGCUCGAGCGCGAGGGCCUCCCGCGCUCGGUCGCAUGGUGGCUCGGCAGCGGCCUCGCGCCCGCGUCGCCGGCGGAGCCCGCGGGGCCGCUGCGCUGGGCGUUUGACGCGCGCGGGGCCGCGGCGCUCUACCACUCGUACCGCAUGAGCGACUGCUGGGCGGCGCUCGAGCGGCCGCCGGCGGGGGUGACGCUGCAUUUGGUCCGCGGCGAGCGGUCUGACAGGUGA